UAGGUUUACUCUCUUACUGUUUCAGUUUGGUUUGUGACUCUGACUCGUCAAUCCUUUUGCUGAUUGAUUGAUUUUGAAGCUGAAUCGUCACCGUUAUCAUUUCUAGGCUUUAGCUUGUGCUAGGCAUUUGGAGUGUUCUUGCGAUAGCACUGGGACCUGAAGGAACUCUACCAAAUUGUUGUCUCUGUUAACGAUAAUGGAACACAAACGAAAAAUCGGUGGUGAGCGUUUGAGAAACCGAGAUGAUGUUUUGAAUGAGGACAGAAUCAGCGAAUUGCCUGAUGAUUUGCUUCUGCGUAUUUUAUCUUCACUCCCAACAGAAACUGUCAUAGCCACGAGUGUUUUGUCUAAACGGUGGAGAUCUCUAUGGAAGAUGGUGCCAAAGCUCAAGUUUAAUUCUGAAGAUCACAAAAGUGACCACCAAAGAUUUUCAGAGAUUGUUUACAGGUCUUCUCUUUCACAUAAAGCUCCGGUUCUAGAGAGUUUGCAUUUGGUAGUUAGAGAUAAAACUGAAGCUUUAGAUGUUGGAAUAUGGAUUGGAAUUGCAUUUGCACACCAUUUGCGAGAAUUGGUAGUGGAUCUUCACAAUCAGGAGGAAGCUUAUGCCAUAUUUCCUAGUGUUUUGUUUAGCUGUGAUGAUAAUACACUCGAUAGCUUGGAAUUGAAGACUUCAAUUCUUUUGGAGUUUCCUUCUCGGGUUUGUCUCAAGUCUCUUAGAAAGCUGCACCUUGACUAUGUGGUAUUCAAUGACCAAGAAUCUGUUUGUAACCUUUUCUCUGCCUGUCCUAGUCUUGAAGAUUUGUUCGUGGAACGAAAAAGCAAUAUCGAUGUUGAGAUUUUCACUAUUGCGGUGCCAUCAGUACAGAGACUAACCAUAGUAGAUGAGUUCCCAGGAAACGGGGAUGAAGGUUAUGUGAUAAAUGCUCCUUCUUUGAAAUACUUGAACAUCAAAGGGCUCGAGUGGGUUGAGUCCUGUCUGAUUGAGAAUGCGCCAGAGCUAGUGGAGGCCAAAAUCAUUGACGUUACUUAUGUAAACAAUGAGAACAUCUUGGUAUCUCUAGCUGGAGUCAAACGUCUUUCCUUACACUCAUUACCCUUUGAGGGACAGGUAAAGUAUCCUACUGGUAUUGUCUUUUAUCAGCUGGUAUUCUUGGAGCUAUUGACACCAAAAGAGCGGAAUAUUCUCUCGCUUAUGCUCGAUAGUUGCCCUAAAUUGCAAAUCCUCAAGCUCAUCAACCCUACUGAUUGUUUUGCUACAAGAAGAGCAUGUCCGGUUGGGUGGGAAUGGAGUCAGCCAAAAUGUGUACCGGAAUGUUUGUUGUACCAUCUUGAGACAUUCGUGUGGACAAAAUACGCAUGGCAACGAGAUGAUGAGAAAGAAGUGGCCGCAUACAUCCUAAAGAACGCAAGGCGGUUGAAGAAAGGAACAAUAUCCACAUUAGCCAUUGAAUCUAAUAAGCUCGAGAGGUUGGAAAAGAGAUAUGAGAUGCUCAACGUGUUGGCUAAUGAGGUCAGGGGUUCAGUUUCAUGUCACGUCUUGUUCGAAGCUGAUUCGUAUUCUUAUAAAUCAGGAUACUAUGUACCACAUAAAUUUUCUUUUACAUUGGGCACGACAGAGAAAGAAUAAUAGAGUUUCACUUCAUUGUUUCAGAAGUUA